GCAGCCAUAUUUGAUUCGAUUAUGCUGUUCUAGCUGCGACAACCAGUUUAGCUAGUUCUUGACCAAAAAAAAAAAAAAAGAAAAAAAAAAACGGUGUCUUUCCUUGACUACAAGUCAAGCUGUAAAGGUUGAACUACGACGACAAAUAGCGGUAUUUCCAGUCGUGACGGUUUAUCGCGUGUAGUCAACGAUGAAUCCCGAAUAUGACUAUUUAUUCAAACUGCUCCUGAUCGGUGAUUCUGGUGUUGGAAAGUCUUGUCUCCUCCUCCGGUUUGCAGAUGACACAUACACAGAGAGCUACAUUAGUACCAUUGGUGUGGACUUCAAGAUCAGGACCAUAGAGCUGGAUGGAAAGACCAUAAAACUUCAGAUUUGGGACACGGCUGGACAGGAACGGUUCCGCACCAUCACAUCCAGUUACUACAGAGGAGCUCACGGCAUUAUAGUAGUUUACGAUGUGACAGACCAGGAGUCCUUCAAUAAUGUGAAACAGUGGCUACAGGAGAUCGACCGCUACGCCAGCGAGAACGUCAACAAGCUGCUAGUAGGCAACAAGUGUGACCUCACGACAAAGAAGGUUGUGGACUACACCACAGCCAAGGAGUUUGCUGACAACUUAGGCAUCCCCUUCUUGGAGACGAGCGCCAAGAGCGCCACCAACGUGGAACAAGCCUUCAUGACCAUGGCGGCUGAGAUCAAGAAGAGGAUGGGCCCCGGGGCCACGGCCGGCGCCGCCGAGAAGUCCAACGUCAAGAUCCAGAGCAAGCCGGUCAACACCUCGUCUGGAGGCUGCUGCUGAGGCCGCCCGGCGCCCGAAACCCAGUCUCAACGUACCAAGCUCCACAGGGAUAGAAAACACAGAGACAGAGGGAGAGAGAAAGAGAGAGAGAGAGAGGGAGAGAGAGAGAGAGAGAGAGAGAGGGUUAGAGAUGAUGAAGACCUUGACUGGACCGGUUUGUAAUUGUGUGUGCAGCUACAACACCAGAUUCCCACCGCACCCUUUUAAACAAAGUCAGCAAUAGGACGGUAAGCCCAUCAACCCCCACAGAUCCCACCGGGCUUCUUUCUUUGCAUUCGUAAACCAAAACACACACACACACACACACACACACACACACACACACACACUGACACACACACUUACACACACAUACUGGAACCAACAAGGCUCAAAAUGUAUACAGUUUUUAACAGCGUGUGAUGUUAACCAAUGAAAGAAAACAAGUAUUCUGCUUUUCUCCUCCUUUUUUUUUUUUUGCCCAACUCUUUCCUUCAGGUUUGGUAGAUGAGUCACUUUUCUAAAAAACCUAUACAAAAACAAAAAACAAAGUUGUCUUUAUUUGGCUGUGGAUAACAGCAUGACUUUGGCCUGAAUCUCCUCAGAUGAAAUUAGUAAGGACUUCAAAUGAAGCACAUGCUUACCGCAGCAUCAUGCAUGUUAGCAGAAACGAUUACACGCUCUCUCCGUGCAUCUGGAAUGCAGUCAUGACCCGAGCGGCUUCCUGCUCGCCGUAACAAAACCAAACUCCACCGAGGAAGCGCCCCGGUAACGUCACACGGUCCAACUUCACAAUGUUGCCCCCCAAAACGAUGUGCCAGUGCCUUUUUGGCAGGAGUUUUACAUGAUAUUUUGCCUUUGGUGCACUGUGUUGUUGGCAUAUCCACCCCCUCCCCUUCUGCUCUUAUUUCUUAGAGAAUUGACUUUGUAUGAUAGCAGUAGUUAACAUUCCUGUAUAUAUUUGGCUAUGUGUGCUCUGCUGAUAUUAAUGAUCCGACAUAAGCAUGUGCUACAUUGGGAGACGUGACGUCAGCAAUGUGUAUUCCUCUGCUAGUGUUUCUCAACCAACCAACCAACCAACCAACAGCACAACGACAAAAAGAAAAAAAAAUCACCAUCCGAGCUAUGAGAAUAAUCUAUAAACUGUAUAUAUUUAUACAUAAAUGUAAGAAGUGAUUUGCAAAUUGUGUAGAGAAGCAAGUGAAAAGAAUGACAUGAUAAAUAGCUGGAAUCCGUAAUCUCGGCACGUGAUUUGUGGCUGCGGACAUGACAUUUUUGUGGCACAAUGUCUACUAUUAAACAAUGAAGGAGAUCUUUGAUAAA